ACACACGAGGACAUUCAGGGGGGUUGUCUGUUGGCAGAAGAGGGCAAGAGAAACAGCCAGAGGAGGGAAGAGACGGAAGACUUUUGACCCUUGCUCUAUGUGAAGCAGUUCAGACGUAGAAAUGCAUUUGCGUACUAUGACCACUAUCCAGACUCAGCUGAAUUCUGCAGAUGGGGCUCAGUGGAUCGAACUGUCUCUACACAGCUGGAUGGAACUGAUUUGGGGUGUCAGGAAGCACCUCCAUAACGAAGGGAAGAGACUAGACUGUCCUGACCUGUGACUUGCCCUCUGAGCCUCUCUUCUUUGUCUGUUUCAGCUGUCUGCAGCUCCCCCCAUCAUGAACAGUACCCCAGGAGGCAUGCGGGAAGCUCCUGCCCCAAGCCACCGGCAGUGUCUCCUGCCCUCUGUGGCUCACACUCCCUCUGUCACCGAGGUGACGCCAGCUAAGAAGAUAACCUUCCUCAAGCGAGGGGAUCCCCGAUUUGCUGGGGUUCGCCUGGCUGUUCACCAGCGCACUUUCAAGACCUUCAGCGCCCUGAUGGAUGAACUGUCUCAGCGCAUGCCUCUUUCCUUUGGGGUCCGCUCUGUGACCACACCCCGGGGCUUACAUGGCCUCAGUGCCCUGGAGCAGCUGCAAGAUGGGGCCUGCUACCUCUGCUCCGAUAAGAAGCCCCCUAAAACUCCCAGAGAGCCAGGCCGCCUGCAAAGGAAAAGCCCCUCUGCUGGGCAGUCCCGGGGGCAUGAAGGUGGGCGUGAAGCUCCAGAGACAUCCUCUUCGUGGAAGGGCCCCAUGGCCCCAAGGAGGAUGACACUGGUGAAGAAUGGGAAUCCUAGAUGCCAGCAGACAGUGGUUCUGAGUCACAGGGACACCAGGAACCUGACGGCCUUCCUCAGCAAAGCCUCCGAGCUUCUGCGCUUUCCCGUGAAGCAGGUGUACACCAUCAGCGGGAAGAAGGUGGACUCUCUGCAGACACUCCUGGAUGGUCCCUCCCUGCUGGUAUGUGCUGGGAACGAGGCCUUCAGACGCCUGGAGAUGGAAAAUGAUGGAGGGAACAGGACCAGAACCUUCUCUGGUGUGACUGCAAGGAGUGAACGUGGCUGCUGGGGACCAAACGCCAAGCAGAGUGUGAUGCACUCGAGGGCCAGGUCAGGCAGAAGGCUGCGGCAGUUUUCCUUGAUGUCAGAGAGUGACCAUCCAGCAUCCGGUCAUCAGGCCUGGCCAGGGCCUGCUUUGAACAGGUGCCCUCAGGACACACCUGGCCCGCCUGGCUCCUUGGUGGCUGCUGAUGAUGUGGAGAAGAAGGUCUGCAUGAAUGAGGAUGGCAGCCUGUCUGUGGAGAUGAAAGUCCGCUUCCAUCUUCUGGGCGAGGAUACCCUGCGGUGGUCCCAGAGGGUGGGGCAUGCCAGUGUCUGCACCCCAGCCAGUGGGGAGGGCCAGGUCCUGAGGGAGGCUGAUCCCUUCUGUUACAGACAGGAGGGCCACCCUUGGAGGUUCUUGGCACAUGGGACACAGGGAUGGGGUCCCUGUGAUGGAGGAUACCAGAGAGCCUUUGAUGUGGACCAGGAAUCACAGCCCAACUAUGACAUUUGGAGGAACACCCUGACCACCCCUGGGGGUGCAGGUUCAACUCAGAGGAGGAGGUGGGGCCUGUCUAAGCUCUCUGGAUGCAGGAGCCAGGGGGCCAAUGACCGGAAAGGACAUAGCAACAAUAGUGUCAGCCCACUCUCAAGUCCCAGGCACCCGAGAAGUGCCCAGCCAGGCUCCCGCUGUCCCUGGACUCCAGAAGGUGAGACAGACAGUGACACCUUGCAUCCAGUCUCCUCAGCCUCUUCCCAAAGUGGGGCUGAGCUAGAAGCUGCUAAGGGCUCCUGCCUAGAGGACACAGGACCCUGUGACUUGGGACCUGAGACCCGAGGUAUAGAAAGGGCCCUUUCUGAUACAUCAGUCAGUGCUGAGUCUCCCGAGGGGUCUAGUGAGUGUGGUAGCCAGCAUCACAGAGGCUCAAGCCAGGUGAGGGUCACAGUUUCCCAGAGGCAAGCCACCCAAGGUGACGGGUCCUGUGUUCCCACCCACAGUCUCUUCUCUUUGAGCCACAUGGACCCUCAGACAGAGAAGUGUAGACAGAGCACCAGGUGCCAGGAGGCCAGAGGCGAGCCUGAGCUGAGGCUGCCCCUGGUCCCAAGCCGUUUUAGCUCUUUGGACACACAGAGAGAUGCUCUCCCAGCUCCUGCCAGUGCCCCGGCCCAACGGAGGCAGAAAAAGCAGAAGAGGCCAGCUGGUAUUAUGUGCUUGCCCAGUGUCCCUGCCUCUUGCCAAGUGGCUCAGAACGGCCAUGCCAGGCAGUGUGACUAUUGCAGGAACACUCAAUCCUCGCUGGACACAAAUGCAAUACCUCAGGAAAGAGAACAGGCCUGCCCAGGAGGCCCCACACCACUAUCUCCUCCAAACUCACCCAGGGCUGGGCAUCAGGCCUCCAGCAAUGUGAGAUCACCAUUCUCCAGUUCUCUUGACUUUCAGGGCCCACAAGCCACCAGCAAAGCCACCACCAUCCCCAUGAGUGACUCCGACUGUGCGUCCAGCGUUUACCAUCCUAGAACUCACUCUGCAGAACCGGCAGGGGACCCUGAGUGUCCAGCUCACUCUCCAACUCCCACACCUGUCCACACAGGAGACGUCGGCUGCCUGUGGGACAAGGCAGGGACCACCCCUGAGCCUCCCUCGUCCUCUGUGUCGCUGGACAGACAGCCUGAAGCAGAAGACCCAAGACCCCACCAAGAUUGCUGCUGCUCACAGGUGGCAGCAUCCUCUGUCCUCACAGCCCCCAGUGGUCAAACACAGGCCCCCAUCUCUGAGGCCUGCUGGGGGGCCAGCAGCUUCUGUCCAACUGCCCCCCAGGAACAAAUAUGUUCCAGAAAGGAUCCUACAAGCUGCAGUAGUACCAGCAGUGGCCAGAAGCAAGCUGAUGACCAUGCUGAGCCCAGGAAGACUCUGCUGGGAAAGUCCCCCGGUAUCAGGGGAAGCCUUGAGGAACAGGAAGGGGAUGGUGGUGUGACACCCAGUGCUCUGCCCUACACCUCUCCAGACGCUGUGGUUCGUGAGUGGCUAGGCAACAUCCCAGAAAAGCCGGUACCCAUGACCUAUGAGAUAGAAGGUGAGACCACAGAGGUGGCCCAUGAUGGCCCAGAAAGUCCUGAGGACGACCUCGGUGAUGGCUGCUCUCUGGAAGCCCGUAGGGAACUGGCUCAGGCCAGACAGCAGCCCCCAGAAGGGGUCACUGAUGAGCAGCCAGAGCCGGCAGGAGCCCUCCCCAGGACUGGUUCUGUGUGCUGCAAACUAGGAGAUGAUCCACGUCAUGAUACAGCAUCAGGUGAAGGGGCCAAGGCCCCUGCAGAAGCUGGGAUAGGAGAAGGGACCACUGUGGACCAUGGUGUGAGCCUAUGCGCGCUGCCCAGCAGGGUCUCGGCCUCCACCCAGAUCAUGAAGGCCCUGCUGGGCUCCAAGCCAGGCCGGCCCAGCAGUCUACCAGAGGUCUCCAGCACAGUAGCCCAGAGGCUCAGCUUCUCUGCUGGGGCCCUCAUCGCCUGUCUUGCCAGGCUCCAUUUCUUUGAUGAGGAUCUGGGCCCUCUGGACAGCAACGCGAGGCUUGAAGAGUCCCCUAGGUACAAGGAGAUGCUGAGCAUCUCCCGGGCCCUGUGGCCUGGGAGUGAGCUUGGGCAAAGCCAGCUGGACAUUGGCCUCAGGAAGCUCACUUCACACCAGGCUCUGCUGGGGACCGAGGACUGCACACCCACCUCCUCCUCUGGCGUGGAUGUCAGCAGUGGCUCUGGGGGCUCAGGUGAGAGCAGUGUGCCCUGUGCCCUGGAUAAUAAUACCCUGGCUCCCGAGAGGGUAGAUUUGCCCUUGAAAAUCCCCUCUCAAAGACCUGAUUCCAGGAACCAGGGGUACCCAGAGGGACUGAGUCAUUCCGCAGCCUCAUCUGGCUCCCAGGCGUGGGCUGGCCCCGCCAGUGGGGAGGAGUCAGGUAAAGGUGGCAGGAAGCGGAAGUGGGGCAAUGCUCCAGAACAAUCCGCGGAAAGCACAAGGCCGGAAGAGGAGGCCCAAUCAGAAGAGGCAGAAGGGAGGGUAAGAGAGACGCUACAGAAAGAUGGUGUCCAGGGGGAGGGGCUUCCGGAAGAAAAGGCUGGAGUCUGCAGUCCGGAAAUGCCUCGAGCUGGCUCUCGGGAUGGGGAGAGCUACCCAGAAGACACCAAAGUGUCAAAGGAUGAAGCAGGAAGAGACGCUGCCUCUGGAGGGCUGUGGCCCCUAGAUGGGAGAGAGGAACCCACAGAGUCCCCUCACCGUUUCAGUGGGAGCAACUCAAAUGAUCGCGAGAGUCCAAGUGUUCACAUAUUGGAGCAAGGGUUGGAAGAGGUGUCCACCGUGGCUGCCAUGGGCUGCGAGCAAGCCAGUAUCAAGGCCAGCUCACAAACCAGGGAGACGAGCACAUCCACGGCCCACAGAGGAUGUCUGGACCCUGACCCAGUCUGGGUGUCCAAGCUGCUGAAGAAGAUAGAGAAAGACUUCAUGGCUCACCUGGCUGGUGCCACAACUGAACUCCGAGCCCGAUGGAACCUUCACGACAACAGCCUGCUGGACCAGAUGGUGACCGAGCUGGAGCAGGAUGUGGGCCGAAGGCUUCAAGCAAGCACUGUCAGGGAAGUCAGGAAGAUCCAGAGCCGGCAAGGGAGGAUGGUCCCGGAACCACCCCGGGAACCCCUCAGAGGUCAAACAUCACUACAGACAGAGCAGCGCAGGCGCCGCCUUCAGGGCCUGCGCAACUUCUCAGCCUUCCCUGGCCAGGGCCCCCUCUCCCUCACCCUGGAGGAUGGGCCCACUCUCAGUACAGCCUUAGGGACCAGGCCAGGUGUGGGGGCCGUGGGGGAUGAGUUCUGUCCCUGUGAAGUCUGCCUGAAGAAGAAGAAGAUCCCUAAAUCCCCAAAGGAUGCCGCAGGAGUCUCCAGCGCACCGGUCAAAAAGGCCUUUGACCUACAGCAAAUUCUGCAGAGCAAGAAAGGAGGUAGGAAUAGAGAGGCCAUGGAGGUGGCCCCUCAGAAGGCAGGGAUGAUGUUGCCUCAGGAGGACCCCAGAACUGUCCAAGCAACUGAUGGAAAGCAGGAGCUGAGCUUGGCCCCGGGGCCCGGGGUAGAUGAGGGAGAGGAGGGGGAAGAGAGGCAGAGACUGAGAGGAGAGACGGAUCCCGAGUUCUUGAAAGAAGAAGGAGCUGGCUGCCAUGUGCCAGAAGAGGAUGCAGCCACUUCGAGAGAAAGGGAAAUCCACAUCAGUGCUGCACAAGAAAGCCGGCAGCUAGAGGAGAGUGUGACCAAGAAGGAAGAAACCCCGCACCCGCGCUUUAGAGAUGGAGACGCUUCGGAGGUUCCAGGAAGACAGGGUGAUGGCAGCCAUUCUGUGGAGACUCAGGACGCUUCCAGAGAAAGACAGCCAGAGGUAGAAGGAGGAAAUCAAGAUGAAAAGGAGAAUGGUCCUUGGGUUAGUUCAGGAGAGAGCCAGAGAGGGGUGGUUUCUGAAAACAUCAGCCUAGACCACGAGGGGAGGCUCCACAACCGCCACAGGAGACCAGGCCCCCAACGCCGUCCUGCAGCGCACUGCACCAGGGCAUCAUCUCCGAGCAGCUGCUCACAGGUGUCUCAGAAGGGCUCAGAAGAAGAUUUUCCAAGUGGAGCGCUCAAGUGCACCAAAGCCAAGAGCAGCAGGGACUUGGAUGCAGAGAGAAAAGUCACCAUGAUGUAUCCAGAAAGUUCCUCUUCGGAACGAGAAACCCCCUCCAGCCCAAGACCUCCAAAGCAGGAGGAAGGAGACGUCUGUCAUGCAGGAGAUGAAGAGACAGCUGGAAGCUUGAUUUGUACCCAGGUUGGGGGUAGGGUAGAUGGCUUUGGCCAGGAUGACUUAGAUUUCUAGGUAUCCAAUGAUAGGGUAGUAAUGAGUCUGAGUGAUGCCUGCAUAAAUAUAAUACCCGUGUACCCAAGGGAAUAUCAAACCACUCUACAAGGGACAUGGACAAAGACAAGGAAUUGCUACCCACCCUGGAGCUGCAGGCCUAGCGACUCAGGAGGCUAUGGUGGGAGAAGAGAGAGUUCAAGCCCUGCCUGGGCUAUAGAGCAAGUUCAAAAGCCAACUUGGGCGACUUAGUGUGACAUUGCUUCAGGGUCUGAGACUAUAGCCCAGGGGUGGAGUGCUUGCCUGGCGGAUUUGUGGCUCUAGGUUCAACGGUAAUAACAAUGAAAAGGACUUGCCAAAGAUAGACCACACCAUGCUGUCCCUAGGAUCUAAACUCAAGGCCCCCAGACUCGGUGUACAGCAUUGGCUGUGAGCCUGACAUGUUAUGAGAUGUCAGCCAUUCCUCUGUCCACAGAUACAUUCAGGGUCAUGGGAUAAAGUUUGUUCUCAGCCCCAGUGUCCUAGGUUCCAUCCCCCACAACUCAUACUAUUUGUAAGGGGGAAGCAAAGAGCCGGAAGGAAAAGUGGUCGCCCAGUGACCAGAAAUCGUAGACAGCUUUGGAAAGGGACUGGAUGCAACACCCUCCAUCAUUUUCUGGAUGUUUUGCCGAGAUAUAAUAUUGUUCUCUGUAUAAUAUUUAUAUACUGCUUUCCCAAACGCUUAAAUA